AUGGGGGGGUGGUUACCGCAAUUUGGUUCGGAUAUCACAGAGCAUCACUUUACCGAAUCUACCUGGCAGGGCUACAUUAUCGCUAGCCUGCGUGGCCAGCGGUCGAGCCUGCUAUCUUCUGCUGCCAAACCCGUCGUGGAAAGACUCUACACACAUCAGUCUGCACGCGCAAUGGCUGCCGUUGCCCAGUCUGCCAUUGCUGGCGCGAUUUGCGCUCCCGCGGUCGCGUCGGUUGAGGUGUCUAGCAGGACCAGCAUUGUCUCCUUCAAUGGCCUGAAGGCGACCUCACUCCGCCAGUCUGUGAAGGCCUCCCUCUCGCAACGUGUCUCGUCUAAGCGCUCUGGUCGCGUUGUGUGCGAAGCCACCGGCACCGAAGUCGCGGGCCCCGUGACCGAUGCGACCUUCAAGAGCCUCGUCCUGGAGAGCAAUGUUCCAGUUCUGAUCGACUUCUGGGCUCCAUGGUGCGGCCCUUGCAGAAUGAUUGCUCCUCUCAUUGAUGAGCUCGCGAAGGAGUAUGAUGGAAAGCUUAAGUGCUACAAGCUGAACACCGACGAGAGCCCCAACGUUGCUACAGAGUACGGCAUCCGGAGCAUUCCGACUGUGAUGAUCUUCAAAAAGGGGAAGAAGGUUGACACCGUGAUUGGUGCUGUUCCUAAGUCUACCCUCACAUCCACCAUUGAUAAGUACUUGUGA